AUGGCGCUGCCCAGCGGGCUCCGGCGCUGCCUUGGGCCGGUCCGCGCCUUCUCCGCCCACCUUCUGGCGGCGCCUGCCAGACCCGGCUGGGCCGGGCUGGAGCCGCGGGGCCCGGCUGCCCUGACCCGCGCCCGGGCCCCCGCGCGCUUCUGCGCCAGCGACGAGCAGAGCCGGCGGCGGGGUCCGCCGGGGGCGGGCGGCGGCCGGAGCGUGGUGGUGGUGGGGAUCCCCAACCCCUUCAUCUGGGUCCGCACCAGGCUCUACUGCUUCCUCAUCCGGGCCUACUUCGACCAGGAGUUCAGCGUCGAGGAGUUCACCCAGGGGGCCAAGCAGGCCUUUGCUCUUGUUUCAAAGCUGUUGUCUCAAUGUAAACUUGAUCUGUUGGAGGAAUUUGUAUCAAAAGAGGUACUUCAGGUGUUGAAGGAGAAGCUUUCUUCGUUGUCUGAAAACCACAGGAAUGCCUUGGCUGCUGACAUGGAUGAAAUAAUGUAUACAACAGCAGGAGAUGUUGGCAUUUAUUAUGAUGACAGUGGAAGGAAGUUUGUUAGUAUCCUGAUGCGCUUCUGGUAUCUAACUAGCGCUGACCUUCCUGAUGAAGCUCCAGAUGGAACCAAAGUUUUCCAGGUUGUAUUUGGAGAUGAAACUGUGAAAGAAACUAAACGUCUUCUAACAGCAAACUAUGAGUUCCGAAGGGAAUUUACACAAGGAGUGAAGGCAGACUGGACUAUUACACGGAUUGAGCAUCCAAAGCUAUUAGAAUAAAUUUCUUGUACAAUGACUUUUAUGGACGUUUAUAAAUCCUCUGGCAUACCAAAGGUGUCAAGCUUUUUUGGUCUCCCCACAACAAUCUCUUUUCAGGAUUAAUUUUAUAUUUUUUAAUUCCCAAAAUACUUUUGAAUUGAUCAUAUACAGUAUAUUGCUCUGAAAGAAUAACAAUAAAGCCUUUUCCAUGAGUCUCUGAAACUACAUAACUAUUACAAAUUAAAUUUGUAUUAUCAGAGACAUCUGCAUAGUAAUUGGGUUACAGGCCAGAGUUACAGAUGUAUUGAUCUGUUAUUCUCAGAAGAAAUCUUGGUACUAAUUGGAUAUGACGUGUAAAACAAAAGACGCUCUCAUGACUGGCAAUCCUUCUGAAUAAUACCACUUAAUUUAUUAUGAGUAUUUUCCCAAAGCUAUAUUGUACAGUAGUUAAAACAGAAUGUUUGAAGAAGGGGUUCAGGUAUAUACACUUCCUAGCUAGUUUGAGGACCGCAAUAUAUUUGAUUAAUUCCAGUCUUGAAUUAAUGAAUUGGAUGUUUAGAAAAUUAAAACUAGAUUCUAAAAAGUGUA